AUGGUGGUGGUGGAAAAAAUUGCCCAAUAUGACAGGGAAAUCUCAGAGAAGCAAUUAGCCAGAAAAGCAACUAGAAAGUCAGCUCCGGCUACCGGAGGAGUGAAGAAGCCUCACAGAUUCAGGCUAGGUACAAUGACGCUCCGUAAAAUUUGCAAGUACCAGAAAUGGACUGAGCUUUCCAACGUUUGGUUCGUGAGAGAGCUCAAGACUAAUCUCCGUUUUCAGAGUUUGGCGGUGGCUAAGCUUGAGGAAAUUUCUAAUGACUUUGGUGUUGAAAAGGAUGAAAUUAAUCAAAGGAUUUUGGGUCGGGUUUAUGGUUAA